GUAUAAAUACUAUAUUUCCAAACCCAUUUACUCUACUUCCACUUCACUUACCUCUUCUCAACCACAUCAUUUUUGCUUUCAUCUUUCUUGGAAGCGGCAAAAAUCGACCUUGGUAAAUAUCAAUAUUUGAAAACCAAAAACCCUAGGAUUUACCCUAAUUGGACCCAGACCCAGAUCCAGAAACCACUCUGUGCUCAGGAUUGUGCUUCUGUUUUUAGCAUAGUUAAGUCAGCAAUGGAAGUGGGUUGUUUCAGUCCAGUUGAAAAGAGAAUCUGGGUGUGUUCUGUAAUGGAAGCUUUGAUGGCUGAGACUUUAGUUCUGGCUGGAAAGUCUCUUGCUUGCCUUCUCAUGCUGACAGGAACAGUGUUGAAUGAUAUGAAUGCAUCACUUAAUUUGAAUGCAGUGGAUCAGAGGUUUCCAUUUGACGAACUUCUAAAAGGAGAACAGCCUGGUCCAGAAAACAAAGAUGGCAGUGAUACAGAGGAUGAUGACGAAGAUGAAGAGGACAACGUAGAUGAUGACAAUGAAGAUGAUGAAGAUUUCUCAGCUGAAGAAGGCGAGGAAGGGGAUCCUGAGGAUGAACCUGAAGCCAAUGGGAAUGGAGGGAGCAGUGACGAGGAUGAUGACAAUGAGGAUGAUGAUGGGGACGACGACGACGACGACGCUGAGGAUGAAGAAGAGGAGGACGGAGAUGAGGAUGAUGAGGUUCCUCAGCCACCUUCUAAGAAGAGGAAAUGAAACUAAUCAUCAGCCUUCAGAUAUUCUACUAUUUCCUGCUUUUUUUCCUCUGGUGGGGAAAUUUUAGUAGGGAGGGAGAAUUCAGUUUGUUUAUUUGCUUAGAGUAGAAGAUUCUCUUUUCCGGACGAACCUUAUUUCCAGCAUUUGUCAUGUAGUCAUGUUACAGGUGGUUAUGAUACAUAUCAUUGCAUCUUGAACUAACAGUCGGGGACUAUUUGUUUAGCAGACCUUGGUAUCCUUACUUGCAUGUAAUAGCAGGAUCGCUUGAUUAGGUCUUGGGCUUUUGUAGUAACCUGGUAGGGUUUGAUCAAGCAAUCAACUGUAAGUUGGAAACUGAAGUUUAUUCAAUUAUGUCAAACUAGCAGGAUGGAAAUUA